GGAGACAAUUGCGAACGGCACACACGUCGUUAAUCAAUCAAUCUGUGCGCACACACAGAGACGCUCGAUUAAUUUCACCCGCAAAAUGGAUUGCCAAUUACCUGUACGCGCACACGCCGCGUUGGACAACAUUGAGUUGUUGAAGAGUCACGGAGGUAGUUUGCCUGUGGUGCAGACGCUUGACGAUCUCGUCGCAGAGUUGAGGAAAGUUUUCGAUGGUGACGAUGUCAACGUUGAGUAUGUUGACUACCUCAUGAGGUCGUAUAAAUCUAAUCCGGCAGAAUGGAAGAAGUACGCUAAAUUUGACCGAUACAAAUACACAAGAAACCUUGUGGACACCGGUAACGGAAAAUACAAUUUGAUCCUUUUAUGCUGGGGCGAAGGCCACGGCUCCGGCAUCCAUGAUCACGCAGACGCGCAUUGUUUUAUGAAAAUACUUGAAGGCUCCCUGCAGGAAAUCCGUUUCGCCUGGCCAAAGAGUGAAAACGAGCAACUUGUGGAAACUGGACGAAAAGUCCUGCCGCUCAACGGCGUCUGUUACAUGAAUGAUUCAUUGGGACUGCAUCGUGUGGAAAAUACAUCAAAUGUCGAGCCCGCUGUGAGUCUCCACCUCUACUGUCCACCUUACAAUAAGUGUGCGGUUUUCAAUCAGAACACCGGCCAGAAAACCAUCAGCAAAGUCACUUUCUGGUCGACGUAUGGCGAGCGACGGGGCAAAGAUACUCCUGAUCAAAGAGAACCAGAAGACAACUAAGCAAGUCAAAUGUAAUUUUAAUCGUGAUUUAUACUAUUUAGUUUUGUAUAUCUUGUAAUUUUUAUUUUAAAUGUAUGCAAUAACGCAAUAAGAGCGAUCAAAUAAAUUAUUUUGUAUUUUGCACGGCAA